AAAAUCUGAACGACUGAUGCGGGAAUCAUCCAAACUCUCAAAUGACGGAUUUGAAUGAGCUCAAGGUUGAAGUCCUCUUGGACAUCAUCAACUCCUCUGCACGCAAAGCAAUACAAGAAUACAAGAAAAGCGGACAUGGGGUUCCUGGUGCUGACUCGACCACUUUUCACCCCCUCGAUCUGGCGACAGACACACUUGCCCUUAGGAAGGCAAUUAGGCUGCUCGAAGGUGCAUGCCAUCAAUUGAGUGCGGUAUUGGCCCCCCCACAACACACGGUAUACAAUUUUGUUCAUGAUUACACUUGGGCAUGCACAGACAUUGCCAUCAGAGCGCGCAUUGCGGAUGUUCUGGAUCAACACCCGGAAGGUCUUAAUGUGGAUGCGUUGGCCGACGCAGUCAACCUCGACAAGACCAAAACUUUACGUGUAUUACGAGUCUUAGCUCUCAAGGGUUGCUUUAAAGAAGUUGAACAAGAAGUCUUUGCAAACACCCGACUCUCGCUCAUACUCAAGUCAACGAGCAACGUUGGGUGUAUGGUUCGGGUUCAUAAAGACAUCCCGAAAUACGGUGCAAAUCUCUAUGACACUAUGACUGACCAAGAAUACGCAAGAUCACAUGAGGUCGACAAAUCACCCCGACUAUUUUCUCUCAGAAAGGAAGGUAUAAACAGCGGCUACUGGGAAAUGGACGGUGAGACACGCGAUAUAUUUCAAAGAGGCCUGGUGGGUCAUACUGAGAUCUUUGGCUCUUCUGCUGUGCUGCAUCAUUACCCUUGGGACACUGUAUCAUCCAUGGUGGAUAUUGGAUCUGGAAUUGGAGGAAUUUCCAUUCCUCUGGCGAACAUGUUCCCUCACCUCAGAAUAACCAAUCAGGAUCUCCCGGGAAUCGUAGAGCAGGCUCAAAUUGCAUGGGACAAAGAUGCCCCUGGGGCAAUGCGCGACGGGCGCGUGGAGUUCGUGCCAUUCAAUUUCUUCGAGGAAUCACCUGUCGUCGGAAAGGAUGUCUACUAUUUGAGGAACAUUCUUCACGACUGGCCCGACGCUGAGUCAACGACGAUCCUCCGUAAUAUUCGCAAAGUAAUGGGACCAAACAGCCGAGUGUUAAUUCGUGAUUGUGUACUCUUCCACACAGUCGAAGAGCCUGGCGUAGGAACUACCGAGUUUAGCAAGGCGCCUGAACCUAUGUUAUUGAACUUCGGGGCAGGCAAUCACACAGCGUACCAACAAGACAUGACCAUGUGGCUUAUUUUUAAUUCCAAAGAGCGAACCUUGAACGAGUUGAAGAUAAUUGGGCAAGUUCAUUCCAUAUCUGAAUACUUGGCAAUGGUUGACUUGUUACGAUUCACGAUUCACAGGGCCAAUGCUGGUCUAGUAAUCACCAGGGUUUAUGACCUUGUAGGGACGAUGGUCAUGGAGUUCAGGAUCGCGCAGGACUGAUCCUGAAUACAAUUAUGUGGAAUCUAUACUCUAAUCUUCUUCAAUCGAUUACGCCAUGAAGACGACAAUGACAAGGGAAGCUCAGACUGACACCAGGAUUUAAACAAGCGGUUUGCGCAGCAGCAGGC